ACGGAUGGUCAUUGUGAGCUUUCUGGACCCACAGAGACCUGCAGGAUGGAUUUUCUCCGGCUUCGUCUCCCUGGGCUACAUCAGGCUUUGAGGGGAGCACUGGAUUCCUUCAGUGCUUUUGUGUCCUACCUCAUUGGAGACACAGUCCCCACCGUAGAGAGGCAGCCACAGGCAGCUGAGGAACUGGGGGAGGUGACUGAAGGGAAGGUUGUAGGGGAGGAAACCCAGGAGGUACUGGAGGGACUUAGAAGUGGCCAGAGUGAGAGGGUAGGAGCACCUGAACAGACCGUAAGCUGCCAAGAAGGAAGUUUAGCUGGUGAACAGACCUGGGAGUGGAGAGUAGAUAGUUCCACAAGGCCCCAAGCAGAAAGGCAGGACACUGGGUCCAGGAAGGCAGCUGAGGGUGCCAGGGGCCAGGAGCCAAGUGUCUCGUUGAAGCCUGAGGCAGAGCCUGGAACUCUCAGAGACAGGAGCAGUGAUAUAGCCCAGGAGAUCUGGGAGCAUGGUGAGGAGGAAGCGAGCUAUGGGGAGCUGCUGAGAACCUGUAAACAGAAGGAAGAAGAGGAGGUGGUCAAAGCAACAGAGCCAGGGAUGGCCAGAGGGGUGGAGUCACAGCCAACCUGGCACAGCAAGCCUGAGGGGAGUGCUGGCACUGAGGGGCAGAAUGUGACAGAUGACCGCAAAGAGAUAGACUGUGUGGCCAAAGACGUAGUUGCAGAGGUCGAGUGGUUUGGUGCCAAAGGGGCUGACAAGGAAGAAGAGAGGAUGGUUCCAACUAGGAAUGGCCAAAGUGUAAGGGCACAGGGGACACAAUGCCCAGGGGCAGAGUCUGAGGACUGGGCCAUGUUGAGUAGAGAGGCCUGGACAGUCUCAGGCAGGGAGGAGGCUGAUAGCCUAGGAAUUCAGGAAGCAGAAUAUGGGUCAGACCCAGGAGACAACAUCCCAGAAGCUACUGGGAGAGUCUGGGUCCUAGAAGAGGCUGGCAAGGGAGACCAGCAGGAUGAGGUCGACGAGAAGAGAGAGGCUGAAGCUAGGCUUCUGAUCCAGACCUGGGAGGCCGAGAGAACCGGAGAGAUGACUGAAGGCCAGAUAGCCAGAAGCCGGGCUGUGGGCGACCAGGAGACAGGGGACAGCUUUGAGGAUGAGGAGAGGCAAGACUUAGCCACCGGGGAUAAUGGAGUGAGUCUGGAAGAGGAGGUGCAAGCAAAAGAAUCCUCCAGGGAGAAAAGGAGCCACUGGGCCACAGAGGCUAUACUAGUCUCAGACGCGGAGGCUAAAGAUCAGCCUGACAGGGAAGACUCUCCAGGAGCCAAGACUGAGGAGUUGUUUGUGGGAGAGAAGAGUGAAGCAGUUCAGAUGACACCGGAGGAAUCGAGAGUAAAGGUCGCUGAAGGACAGGAGCCUGAGCUGAUGGGACGUUCCCAGACCUUGACUAAACAACACGAGGGAGGACAGGAGGGUCAGGAAGAGACCAGUAGAGCUCCAGACCUGAGCCCAGAGGGGUUGCUAAGCUUGAAGGAAUAUCCUAGGCGUGUGGAGUUUGCAGGUCCUGAGCUAGAAGCCUGGGGAAACUUGAACAGGGAUGAGGACAGCAGAAAUAGCCAGGAGGUAAAAACGCAUGCUGAAGCAGGCACGGAACAGCCUGCAACCGAGCAGACCGUGGAGGUCCAGGCUGAAGGAGGCCAGGAGGCCCAGUGGUCAGAGGUCUUUGGGUCAGGAGGAGAGGAGGAACUGACCUGCCUAGCAUUUAACCCUGAGCUGGAGGGAAGCCAAGGAACAGAGGCAGGGACCGGACCGUCAGUGGAGGAAUCCAAGCCCACAGAAAACGAGGCUGCUGAGGAGGAGGCUGUAGCGCCUUGGGAGGCAGACAGAGCUUGCAGGGAGAGGAGGCUGAAGGAGGUGGCUCCAAGCCUGCAAGACAGGGAAGAUACACAGACCGGUUACUUGGCUGAUGAGAUUAUUGUGGGUACCAGGACUGUGGACGCCGAGGAAGGGCCAAGAUGGGAAGCUGGGUUGGCUCCAGAAAUGGAGCUCGGAAAAGCCUGGUAUUCCGAGGGCAGAGAGGAGGCUGGGAGAGACACAGAGCUGGAGGAGGCUACAGAGAAGCAAAGUGGACAGGAAGUUGGUUUGGAGGACUCAGCAGAGGAGAAGGUGUCUGGCUAUGACACCCAAGAAACGGAUGGGAUGGGAGAGGGGGAGCAGGUAGAGAUGGAGACAUCUGUAAUGGCAGAAGGAAUAAGGGGGACGGAUGGUGUGACUUUAGGUUCCCAGGCAGAGAGAGCAGAGGGGUCCAAAACCACCGUGGAGACUGAGGAGCUCCUAAGAGAUCAGAUACUGUUGAAAGAAGAGGCUGGGGGAGGGCAGUCCCGAGAGCCGAAGGGCCACAUCUCAGAGGGAGAGAUCCAAGAGCUACAAGAGGAGGAGGACGCCACGAUCGGAGCACAGAGGACAGAGAUCCAGGAGACCUAUCCAGGUCUGGACGACUCUUCAGGCCAGGAGGGGCAGCAGACACUCCAAAUCCCCACAGUAGCUAUGCCUGGCCCCUCAGAAUCAGCCGAGGCCACAGCAGGUGCCCCAGGGGACGUUCACAGCAACUGGAAUGAGGCCCCGCUCCCUGGGUCCCGCCUGGAUGUCUCUGUCCCUCGGAGUCGUGUGCUCCUCUCACGAAGUUCCUCACGGCGGCGCUCAAGGCCUUCUUUCCGACGAAUCUCUGUUCCUGAGCCACAGUGGGACCCUCCCAGCCCCCAACCCCAGGAAGAGCUGCCAUUUCCUGAGCAGUCCCCUCCUCGGCUAGAGGAAACUCCAGAGCUAAGUGCCACAAAGCCUGAGGGAACUCCAGUGCCAGUCAGAAGAAAAGUGCUGGGACAAGGGUUUGGCUUCGCUCAUCCUGGCAUGAUGCAGGAGCUGCAAGCCCGACUGAGCCAGCCAAAGCCGCAGUGACAGGACCUAGAGCCCUAGUGAGAGAGGCCUCUUAAGAGAGGGUCUGAAGGCUCUUCUGGACCCUGGUUACUCUUGACUCCUUCAGCCACAGAAACCUAUCUUUUUAACUUUCUGGACUUCAGCUAAACCAGAUUAUUUAUGAAGACCUUGAAUGCAAGGAGUCUGAUUAAAUGAGUGGGGACCUGCUCCACCAGCAUCUAUCAUGGCUUCCUUUCCUGGUCACCCUUCCCAUCUGUCUCAUCUACUCGGAAGACUACCUGGAAGACAGGGUUUGGGAGACCAUUUUCCCCUAAAUUUCCCCUGUAUGAUCACCUGCCCCCAAUUACCCAUCAUGGUGGAACCCCACAGAGAGCUGUGUAAGAUAGCACACCUCUGGGGUGCAAGCCAGCCCAGAGGAAAGAGGGACACUGCUUCGAGUCAAUGGCCACGGACAGCAGACCAAAAAUGACAGCUCAGUAUCACAACUCUGCAGGUCACUAUGCUAACCUCCACGCCAGAGUUGGGGAACGUCGCCCAGGAACUCCAAGAAUGUAGGAGUAGAAAGGGGCUCUGAGUGGCGGGCAGCUUCCCCUCCUCCCUGACUCCUUCCCAAGCUGUUCUGAUCUUUGGGUGUCAGGCCUUCCUGUGAAAACAUGUGGAAACACAAACUGGGCUGGACAGCUUUAUUAGGCUCCCAGCAUGGUGGCCCAACUCAAGGACGAAACAAUAAAUAAACCAUUUCCUAAAAAUAAAUAAAUAUCCAAGAAAUAAA